AUGGUUUAGAAGAAGGAAGCAAAAAUCAGUGAGAUCUCCGAAGCGGAAGAAGUUAGGGAGAGAAAUGGCAUCUGGUUGGGGAAUCACAGGAAACAAAGGCCGUUGCUACGAUUUCUGGAUCGAUUUCAGCGAGUGUAUGUCUACUUGCAGAGAACCCAAAGAUUGUGUUCUUCUUCGUGAAGAUUACUUCGAGUGCCUCCAUCAUUCCAAAGAGUUCCAACGAAGAAAUCGGAUUUACAAGGAGGAGCAACGCAAACUAAGAGCUGCUGCCAGGAAAGGUCAGGAUGACGGAGCUGUUACUGAACAUCACUAGCAUUUGUUAUUAACUGUCAAUUUAAGCUUCUGAACAAUUAUUUUAAUAAAACGUUUGUAAUUUCGCUGGGAUUGGUAUUUCUACCUUUUGUGUGAGCCUUUUUGACAUACGGGCUUCUUUUCCCUGUGCAAUAAUUCGGAGGUUAACUUGCGGUUGCAAAUUAGACACUGAAAUAUGUUUGAGGUUAGAGGAUUGAAAUCCUCAAAAUGAAAGAGAAUCAACAGAUAAAGUUCUGAUAUAGUGUAAUUAUGCAGUAAAUUUUGGAUUUUCGUGAA